AUGCAAGCCUUCGCCAGGCAAUCACGGCCUGCGGGCGCCCUCCUGCGGCAACUCGCUCAACGAAGCUACAGCUCGUCCACCUCGACCCCCUACGCCAACACCAUUAAAAACCUCCGCAUCAACAGCGACACCAAGGUUCUAUACCAGGGAUUUACCGGAAAGCAAGGAACUUUCCACGCUCAGCAGGCUAUCGACUAUGGCACGAACGUUGUCGGCGGUACGAACCCAAAGAAGGCUGGGCAAACGCAUCUCGGCCUCCCCGUCUUCGCCAACGUCAGCGACGCCGUGAAGGAGACGGGUGCGAACGCGACGGCCAUCUUUGUGCCCCCCCCACUCGCUGCUGCGGGUAUCGAGGAGGCCGUUGCCGCCGAAGUGCCCCUUGUCGUGUGCAUCACGGAGGGUAUCCCCCAACAUGACAUGGUGCGCAUCACCUCGAUCCUCAAAUCUCAGUCGAAGACCCGCCUUGUGGGCCCCAACUGCCCGGGUAUCAUCGCUCCCGGCCAAUGCAAAAUCGGCAUCAUGCCCGGUUUCAUCCACAAGCGCGGCCGCAUCGGUAUCGUCAGCAGAUCUGGUACCCUGACGUACGAGGCCGUUAACCAGACCACCACCGCCGGACUCGGCCAGUCCCUUGUUGUCGGCAUCGGCGGCGACCCCUUCAGCGGCACCAACUUCAUCGACUGCCUCAAGGUCUUCCUCGAGGACCAGGAGACCGACGGCAUUAUCAUGAUCGGUGAGAUCGGCGGUUCUGCCGAGGAGGAUGCUGCCGACUUCCUGCGUGAACACAACACUGUCAACGGCGGCAAGCCCGUCGUUUCCUUCAUCGCUGGUAUUUCAGCGCCACCCGGUCGCCGCAUGGGCCACGCCGGUGCCAUUGUCUCGGGUGGGAAGGGCGGUGCCGACUCCAAGAUCAAAGCCCUCGAGGCCGCUGGUGUCAUUGUCGAGCGCUCGCCCGCUGGCCUCGGCAAGGCUCUCCGGGACGAGUUCGUCCGCCGUGACCUCCUCUAA